AUGGAGUCCAAGCUGGCCAGCCUGCACAUAGACCUGCCUACUGUGCCCAAGCCCAAGCCAAAACGCAAGGGUCUGCCGAAGAAGGAUGAGGUAGUUGAGUCCUGGGAAGAUGACGACCUCUCUUCGCUUGAUGACACUCCGACACCCACAGAAGGAGCAGGCUCCGAGCUGAAACCCGCCAUGUCCCAAGACCCAGCACUGAAGCCACCUCCGCCAACACCCAUUUCUCCCGAAAAUGCUGACCAGCACAUUGACUGGGCUCCUGCCCAAGUGCUGGGGGGCGGUCGUCCGAAGCCUUACGGCGCACCCAGUCCCUCGACUCCCACUGAUAUCGACCGCGAGCAAAGGAGGCCAGAGACCACCACGGCAACAGCAAGUCGACUCAUUGCAGCGGGCUUGGGUAUCAAGCCUCCUAAGAAGACAGAGGAACAGAGACAAUACGACCGGGCUGUCAGAGAGCAGGAACUCAGACGGAGAAAUAAAGAAAAGGAAGAGAAGGAGCGGGAAAGAGAGGCCGAGGAAAAGGCGAAGGCCGCAGUCUGGGAUGAGUGA